CUCUGGAAGCCAUCAGGGGUUCAUCUUUUUAAUAUCAGGAGGCAAGAAGAAAGGACAGAAGUGGCUCUGGCUGUGAUGGGGCUCUUACUGGGCCUGCUGCUCCUGAGCCACCUACUGGUGGUCAUCUAUGGACAUCCCAUCCUGGAAGUGCCUGAGAGUGUGACAGGGCCUUGGAAAGGGGAUGUAAAUAUUCCCUGUACCUAUGGUCCUCUGCAAGGCUAUACACAAGUCUUAGUAAAGUGGCUGGUAGAACGUGGAUCUGACUCAGUCACGAUUUUUCUACGUGAUCCCUCCGGAGACCAUAUUCAGCAAGCAAAGUACCGGGGCCGCCUGCAUGUAAAUAAUGAGGUUCCAGGAGAUGUGUCCCUCCAGCUGAAUACCCUGGAGAUGGAUGACCGGAGCCACUACACAUGUGAAGUCACUUGGCAGACCCCUGAUGGCAACCAAGUUGUGAGAGAUAAGAUCGUUGAACUCCGAGUCCAGAAACAUUCCUCAAAGCCACUUGAGACCAAGACUAAGUCACUUCCAACCAUGCAAACCCCCUUGGAAGCAACAUCCACAGUGAAUACAUCCUGGGGCAGAAUAACUGAAGUGGAUGGUGAUAUUGGAAAGACAAGUGCUGGACCAGGUAAAGGCCUGUCUAUCUUCGCCAUAAUUCUCAUCAUCUCCUUGUGCUGUAUAGUGUUUAUCACCAUGACUUAUAUCAUGGUCUGCCAGAAGACAUCCCAGCAGGAUCAUGUCUAUGAAGUGGCCAGGUUUCAUGCCAGGGAGGCCAGUGACUCUGGUGAAACAAUGAGGGUGGCCCUCUUCACAAGUGGCUGCUCCAAUGAAGAGCCAGAUUCCCAGACUCUGGGCAAUGACUACUCUGAUGAGCCUUGCCUGGGCCAGGAGUACCAGAUCAUCACCCAGAUCAACAGUGACUAUGCUCGUCUGCUGUAUACAGAUACCCUGGACUAUGAGCUUCUAGCGACCAAGGGCAAGAAUGUCUGCUAAAAAUGUCUUACUGGGCCAUUCUACAUGGCCCCUUUCCCUGCUGUUUCUUCCUGGUUAGUCCAACAUGUCUUCCUUGCCAACAAUGGGGUUGCUAAGAGUAACUGGUUUUGCCUAAGAAGUUUCCAUAUGUACCUCAAGCAAGCCUGCUGCUGGGUCAUGCCCUAGACCCUUCUAGUAUUCCUGCCUACAGCUUCCAUUGCUUUUCUCCAAACAUCAGAAGAACGUGCCCAUAGCACUAGGACUUGGUCACUAUGCUUCCAGAUGCCAUUCAACUUUGGCCUCUUACCACUGAACGGCCAGAGGGAGGCUCAGCUCCACCAGCUCAGAGGAUGAGUUGGGUUCAGGUCACUUCCCUUUCUCUAGUGCCAGAUAGCUUUGAAUCAAGAUUAUCAUGAAACAGAGCAGGGUUCAGAUCUGCUCCUGUACUAAGAGCCUAGUGCUCUGAUAUUCUUUUGAUGCUCAAUAAAUAUCUAAGCAUAAUAACAACACUGGUAAUUCUGGUCCUCUCUCAAGUAUCUACCAAGAGUGAUUAAAGUGAGACUAGUUGAGAUGGUUGAGGUCCUGGGAGUAUGCAUAGAACAUUUUCUUUUCUGGUUUUUCUUCCCUCACACCCGUGCUAUCUUUACUUCAUUUCAGCAGUGAGCUCACUGAAACACAAUAAAUCUUUGGUAAAAGAGUA